CCGCCGCGCACACAUGCCUACACACACACCCCGACUAUCCCCCGGUCGUAACGUCGGGGCCCGGGUGGGCGCCCGUUUGUCUGCCGAUUUCCGGCGACGCGGUCGGUCACACGCGCGUGUACCUUGGGAACAUGCAUUUUAUUAUGUUUAUGUACGCACACAAUGCAUCGGCAGAACCCUCCAGAGCCCUGCGGUCAUCAUUUCACUAUAAUCUUCUUUUCGGGUUGGUCGUGUAUUUGUGCAGCGGCAACAACGCGCGCGUCUUGUAUGCAUUAUUGCUGUUUCGUGUCUCCUGCACAAUAAAACUAAUACAAUAAUAUAAUAAAUACGCGCGGAACAAUUAUUUUUUAAUAACAUUGUACUGCAGCUAGCUGGUGCGCUAAACGGCAAAGUGCGCGUGUCACACAACGUCCGUUUACAAUAUUAUGGUAUUAUCGCCGUCGUCGAUUCAACGCAUAUGGUUUUUUCUGAAAGACGCCAUCGGCCCCAAAGACUUCACACACGACGCACCGCCGCAUCAGACUACGCCAUGAUAACUUCAAUAUUAUUGAUCAUUAUGCUACACACCGGAUUGUCGGCCAAAAGUGGAUAUGAAGAAUUAGAAAAAACGUUUCGUUUGAAAUUAGGUUUAAGCGAAAAACCUGUGGUAGGUGGAAACUUAAAGAUACCAGCUGCCACUUUGAAUUUGCUCAAAUUAGCAUCAGAACAAAAAUUGACAACACAUUUUCCUCUUCCUGGUUUGCACACAACAACUGCUAAUACUGCUAGGAUUUAUCACAACAAAGGUUCAGCUCCACUUAAAGCCAAGGCUAAGAAAUAUAGGCUACAGUUCGAUAUAGAUUCUAUACCAGAACGAGAACAGGUUAAAUCUGCUGAAGUUCGUUUUACAAUGAAAUACGAUCAAGCACUACAGAAUGAAGAAUUUAUUCAUGUGGUUUUACAUGAUAUAAUCCAACCUGGUACGAAGGGCCUAUCAAAACCUAUUCUUAGAAUUAUUGAUUCAAAAUCAAUGAAUUUGUCAAGAAUUUCCAAGACCGAAAGUUUUGACGUGACACCAUAUGUAGAAAGACUGUGGAAGAACAAUUUUAAAGACAACCAUGGUAUGAUAGUACAAUGCGUCACAGAGUCUGGUAGUCACACACAUUUGCUGAGCGUCUUUGAUUUUGUAUCACCUGAAAAUACAUUGCUAUUGGUGUACACUGAUGACGGAACAAGCCAGAAAAGCACACUGGAACGGUUGAUACAACGGAGCAAACGAUCGGCCGACCCUCCGGCGGCGCCGCAGAAGAAAACGAAAAAGAAGAGGGAGAUCUGCCAGCGGUAUCCGAUGUAUGUAAAUUUCACAGAGAUCGGGUUCAGCGAUUGGAUCCAGGCGCCGGGUGGGUACGACGCUUUCUACUGCAAAGGGGAGUGUAAGUUCCCGUUGGCAAAUCACCUUAACGCGACCAACCACGCGGUAAUGCAGACGCUGAUAAACUCAUUUAAUUCGUCGAAAGUCCCGCGGGUGUGCUGCGUACCGACCAAGAUGAGUACGCAGACGUUGCUCUACAAAGACGACGACGGGAAGUUGGUGGUGAAAAACUACCAAGAAAUGACUGUGGACGAGUGCGGAUGUAGAUGAGGGCGGCGGAGGAGGCGGCGGUGGUAUUGAACGACAGUUAUUAUAUAAUAUACACACACGAUAGGCGUAAUUUAAGAUACAAACUCAUCACAAGCACCUGGAGUAGCUGUAUUGUAAUAAUUGGGUGUGUACUGUGUGCACAACCAUAAAACCUUGUCACUUUUAUUCCGGUCGAUAUACAUGUAAUGCACGUAAGAAUUCUGCAGUGUGCAUGUGCUUGCGUGUGUUUUUCCACAUGGUCCAAAAGUGUUUAGUCCUAAUGUUUUAGAAUAAGACCAUUAUUUUUUUCGUUCUAAUAAAAUCGACUGAUACCUUAAAUAAAUAUGUAUAUUGCCAUUUAUACACACAUGUAAAUACUCGAACCAAACACUUUUUUUUUUAUCUGUAACGUGUUAAUAGGUGACACCUAAUGUACAUAAAAAAUUUAAAGUACAACUAACAAAUGGGCAUGAUUGUAAAUAGCCCUAAACAAAUACAAUUUAGUUUUAAUGUUUAAUAAUCAUGACCCUUGUGUCUCAAGCAUGUUUAUAUCAAAAAAAAAAUACACUAAUAUUGUCAUUACUGGUAUACCUAUUCCUACUAUUUAAAUUAUUUAUUUAUAUUUUAUUUUCGUUGUUUUUUUUUCAAUGGUACUGCUUGCUAUAUUUUAAUAAAUAUAAUAUUACUAUGUGGAGAGAUGUAAUUGCAUUGAAAAUUGUGGUUUAUUAAUUAUUUUAUUUUUUUAAAAGUCACAGUAUCAGUGUGACAUUAUUCACAAAUGUAGGUAGGUCUUAUUAUUUUUAUAUUCGAACUAUGUAGUAGAUACGUGGAGGCAAUAUUAUAGCCAUAGGUAGGCGAACAUGAAAAGAUAUUGAAAAAGAGUCAAUUUAUUUUUAAAAUUGUAUCAUGUAUUAUAAGUGAUA